AAAAAAGGAACACAACACAACACAAACAACGCAACGAUGCGUUUAAAGUCGAUAAGAAGAAGUAAUCGGUAAUAGGACAGGACCGUACGAGAAUGUGAGUUGGAUUCAUUGGUUUGCUUCUUCCGUUGGUUCCUCAGCCUCAAUCUCAGGGUUUUCACUUUCCACUCACAUGGAAGAUUCGGUGUAGAAAUCUUGCUUCCCAGUAAUGGAAAUGGAGCCUAUUGAUAAAGAAGAAAAUAUUGCUUGUGUGAUUGGUGAUAGAUCAAGUAGUGACGUUGUUGUGAGGUUACGGACUCAGGAAGGUCGAGAUGACUGGCUAUAUUGUCAUUCUGAGAUUCUUGUAAAGAACUGCAAGUAUUUUGCUGACAGGUUAUCUGAGAACUGGCCAACUUGUCAGAUUCUUGAUUCGCGCAACUGUGUUGAUGUCUAUUGUCAGGAAUCGAAUUUCGAUUACCAUGUAAAUCUUAUUCGCCUUCUAUACAUUGUCAUAGAUGAUUCAGUUGAUGAUUUGUGGCAUGGUGUUAGAAAUGCCUUAGGCAUUCUCCAGGUUGCGGUUGAGCUUGGAUGCCCACAGAUUAUUACUGCUUGUGUGAACUACUUAGAAGCGGUCACAUGGGAAGAGGCUGAGGAGGAAGAGAUAUUGAAAAUUGUACCUCGAAUGGGAUUACCAGCCGAGCCUAUCCUAGCUAGACUUCAACCAGUUAACCAGUCUGCUAUCAUAAACAUCUUUGUCUCUGCCAUCCGCUUUGCUACAUCAUCUCCACCCCAACAAAUGAAUGAUCUUAAAUCAUCGGCACAAGAGCAACUUGAGUACAUGCUAACUGAAGAUGAUGAUGCCCCUUUAUUGACAGCUGAUGACAACAUAAAACAUGAGGUAAAAGAAUGUGUAAACAGACUAUUUUCACGGUUUAACGACUCAUUAAUAGCUUUAUACUGUGGUUCCACCACUGAAUCACUCUUUGAGGCUGGAAAUAUUAUGUUGUUUCAAUCCUAUUUGGCUGAUUUGUCAUGGGUUUGUCAAAUACUAACUAAGUUGGAAAUAAUGAGAGAAUUUGUUGAAUAUUGGUUUGAUGCAUCAGAAAAGAUUGUCAAGGUUCUUGAACAAGGAAAUUCUACAACUGAAGUCCUUGAGAUAAAGUUACGGGCUAUUGAGGUGACAUCAAAGGUUUUAGAGGCAAUUGGGUAUGGUACUGUUGUAUUGCCAACUGCAAAACGCCUUAAGGUUUUGAAAGUGUGGCUUCCAUUUGUGAGGGUUACAAAACCAUUGAUUGAUUCUGUCACAAUGGAUUGUGUAAAUGCCAUGCUGCUUAAAAUAGAUGGCGAAUUGUGGCAAUCCUUAGAAUCCACUUUUGUCUCUAUCAUUCUUGCAUUGCCAUCGGGAGAUCAGGCAGAUGUUUUAACUGAGUGGCUGGAUAACGAGUAUAUGCAGUAUCCAGACUUAACUGAGGCAUUUGAAGUAUGGUGUUAUAGGUCCAAAGUUGCCAAGAGGAGACUAUCAUUGCCUGGGGAUGAACAUGUCAUGACGAUGAACAUGUCAUGAUCAAUUCAUUUUGAUGCUUUCACAAAUUAUGUUUCUUUAUAUUAGAUUACUAAUCCAUCUUGUCAAGGCAUUGGGAAGAGAUCAUCUCUUUUUUGCACCUGAAUGAAAAAUUUUGUAGGAGGCAUUUAAAAUCUCCAUGUCCCAUCAAUCAAAUGUAAAUUAUGCUGAGAAGUUUGUAAAAUGUUGUAGUUUCCAACUGUGAACUGUAAAGGAUGUAUUUUGAAAUAACUGAUUUCAUAGGAUGCAAAAUCAUAU